UCAGUACAGCUUUGAUUCUCCCGGUAGAGACGUUCGCGCAAUUUCGUUGCAUUAAUAUGAAGGUGGUAAAGUACGCCAGUGUUGAAAAAUUGUACAAACAGUUUCCGGCCAUUCGCCAGCAAGAUGUGAAGGAGUUCGAUCAGUGGGUGCAAACCCAGGCACAUUUGCCUCCAGUAUCAGAGCUUGAAAUUAUACAGUUUAUUCAGUCGAACGAUUAUGACAUAGAAGCGGCAAAACGGACGGCGGAGGCAUUUUUUACGUUCCGAUCAAAUUAUAAAGAUUUCUUUAACGAUAGAGAUAUAUUUUCUGCACCCAUACAGCGAUCGAUGGAUGUACUGUCAUUAGUCAUACUUCCGGACCUAACGCCUAUGGGAUAUCACGUGAUGCUAGCUAAAAUAGUGGAUUCUGACCCUUCGAAGUUCAAUUUGGCAACACUGUUGAAACUUGCUUUCAUGUGUGUGGAUGUUAAUUUAUGGGAGCAAGGUUGCACCGAAGGAUUUAUAUUGGUCAUUGAUAUGAAUGGACUACAUCUGGGUCAUUUCCCGAAGCUAGGCAUAUUCACUCUUAAAAACUUUUUGUACUAUAUACAAGAAGCCCUACCUAUCCGACUGAAAGGAGUACAUUUGAUCAACGUCGUCCCUUUUAUCGAUAAAAUUGUAGCCAUGAUCAAACCCUUUAUGAAAAAGGAAAUACUGGAAAUAUUCCAGUUACACCAGCAAGAGGAUACUUUGUAUCCCUAUAUCCCGCAAGAUGUGCUGCCAAGCGAAUACGGCGGUAAAGCGCCUUCUAGGCUGAUUUUAACAAAGCAACUUUUUGACAAAACUAUGGAGCUAAGAGACUUUAUAUUAGAGAAGGAACGUACCCAAAAAGUGGACGAAAACAAACGUAUAAAAACACGGUCGUUAUCAAAUAUGUUCGGGUUGUUUUGAUUUUAUGAAUUUUACGACUGAUUUUUUAAUAAAAAUCGAGUAAAAGUAGAAAUACA